AUGUCAAGAGAAACACACAUAGCAAAAGUUGAAAAGUUCUGCCACAUUGACGGAAAGACUGCAUGUCAAGACUAUCUUAACAAUGUUUUCAUUGAUUAUGCUUCUGUCGAAUCUAUAUAUAGGACAGAAGAGAAAAGACUUAAAAAUUAUGGACAAUGUCAAGAAUGUGGCAACAUAAGAGAAUGUAUUGAAGGCAAAUAUGAUAAAUGGUGCAAAACUUGUAAUGCCGCUCAUUUUCGACAACUCUUUUCUACGUGGACAUCAGGCAAUGAAGAGAUUGAUUACUUUAUUCAACACGCACAAGUUUAUGCAUGGGAUUUUAGGUUAGCCUUGGAAUGGUAUCCAUGGGAAAUGUUUUCUGAGAUCGAAAUGAUAGGUAAAGAUAAUCAAACACCAACACAUAAUGAAGAUUUUUACUAUAAUGAAUAUGUCGCAUUAAAGACAAUUGGAGAAACAGAAACAGAAGAUUUUCUUAAUGAAAAGCUACAACGAUGGGCUUAUCGAAAUCCCACCAAUACAGUUACUCUUUAUGGAUUUACUAAAAAUGAAACUACAGGACAAUAUUUCCAUGUUAUGAGAUAUUUUAAAGGAGAUUUACGCAAUCGAUUGCAAUUAAACGAAGAAAAUAGUUGGCAAAUAAAAAUCAGAAUCGCACGAUGGAUUGACUUGAAUUUAUAUGAAAUCCAUAAAGCAGGACUAAUUCAUAGCUAUGAUUAUUGUCAAAUCGGAGAUUUAGGGCUUACCAUAUCAGUAUCAGAAGCAAGUAGUAAUAAGAAUUUAAGUGGAGUAAUGCCUUACAUGGCACCUGAACUAUUGAACUCUCGUAGUUCAUACACACAAGCAGCUGAUGUUUAUUCGUUUGAGAUACAAGAUCAAAUCGACAAAGCUGAAGAAGUUUAUCUGAAAAAUGUAUUAAUCGAUAAAGAAAAGUUGACACCACAUCCUGGGGCCAUUUAUACGAGUCGAUCAAUGAUGAAUAUAACUAAAGAAUUGGCUACCAUGAAUUUUGAUGAUUUCAAACUUCCUAAUGAUUUUGAUUAA